GUUAACAAUACAAUUUUUGAUUGCGUCUUUUGUACGCGUUUAUUAUAACCUGUACCCAUCAUUAAAUUACACUACACAAACAAGUAAUACUUCGUAAGUUUCAGUAACUAUACUAAGCUUUAUAAGCUACAAAUAAUGUAUAAAAAGUUAAAAAUCUCAAUUGUGAAGAGGAACAAUAUUUUUUAAAUAGGCACAAGUAAGAUGCUGCCUGAAAAUACUGUCACUAUGAAAACUGAUUAUGAAAUGUUUUCAUACAAUUUUUAUGUACAGGAUGUUUCAUCAGUUUUGCCCACCUGAUAUAUCACUACACAAGGAAAUACUUUUUGAUUUUACAACUGCAACUAAUGUAGAUAAUUGGAAAGAAGUAUCGGAUACUGUCAGAACAGUAGGAAAAUCAAAAGCAGUUUUGGCAUUGCAAACAACUCAACUUUUUCAGCAUGCCAUAUUUUUUACACUUUUAAAUCCACAACCAAAUGGUGCAGGCUUUGCAGGAGUGGAAACAAUAACUAAUUUAGAUUUAUCUAGUUUUGAAAAUAUUGAAAUUUGUUGUAGAGGACAAGGCAGAAACAGUAAUUACAAAAUUGUUCUUGAACACAAAGGUCUUCACACAAAUGGAAAUGUAACAUAUGAACAAUUUUUUACGGCUCCAAUGUCAAAUACUGAUUUCUCUACUGUGGUAUUACCCCUGACAAAUUUUAAACCAUAUUAUCGAGGAAGAGAAGUGCCUGAUGCAGAGCCUUUAGAUACAUCAAAUAUAACAAUGAUUGGUUUACAAAUAUAUGGUGGUGUUUAUCUGCCAAUUAAACAAAAAGGGGUAUCAGCAUUAGAAGUACAAACCAUUUCUGUGUCAUAAUUCACAUAACAUAAUUGUGUAGCAUAUAAAUAUAAUUCUUUAAUAUAAUGUAAUUAUUAAAUAAAAAUAACAUAAUGUUUGUAUAUUUUUUUGACAUGGACUUUUACAUUAAUAAUACAGGCAUUGUUAAUUUUGUUAGUAAUUCUACUAAUUAUAAAAGUGUACAUGAAAAUACAGCUCUAUAAUGUACAUAAGUAGUUUGAAAAAUAAAACAAGGAAAGAAAGUGUUAAUAAGUGUUAUUUAGAAUUCUUAUGUUCAAAA